CCAUAUCUACGGUCUGCGAUUCGGCAAUUUCCAGCAAACUUGGCAAACGCAAAGCUGACUACACUGAGCGGCUUCACAAAAGGUCUAAGACGAGCCUUGGGACUCAGUCACUUAAGUCAAGCUGUGCUCACAGUGAUCAAGGAUGCGGACCGUAUGAGACAAAUGGUUCAUGACAUCACGAAACUGGAUCUAGUUAGUAUUGAA